UUUUUUUGGCUUCUUAAUUUCGAUGUUGCAGUGUUUCAAAGUAGUAAGCAACUCCAUCAAUCUUGCACCUUGUUUUAACGUGUUCUUCUAAGGAAAAGUUGUCUAUAGUUUCUAUGUUAGUGUUCCUGAAAUACUUUAGACAAGUUCUAUAAAGAGAUUUCUGGAACUGGAACAUCAGAGAAAGAUUAGUUGGUGACUCCGCUUUGCCUUUUUAGCUUUGGUUGGAUAAACGAUGGCGUGGUGGAAAGUUGAAAGAAACUGAAGAGAGAGAGAGAGAGAGAGAGAGAGAGAGAGAAGCGCCAAGCUGCAUGAGGUUGAAAUGAGUUGCCUCAGAUGCAGGGAACCAGAUUUUGUUAGUGUUUUUCUGGUCUUUUCUGCUAGUAUUAUGUUUUGAGUUACUUUAUCAUGACCCCAUGUGCUUUCACUUCCUUGAACUUGUUAGAGGUAAAAGAGAAUCAUGGAGGAGAUAUCUACAGAAAUUGCUGGUCCAUGUGCCGUUAGGCUAGGUGACAUGAUGUAUAAUGAUAUGAGAAUGAUGACACACAUAGACGUCACUGGGUGUAAGCUUAUUGCAGACAAGGCAAGCUUGUUGUCACUCCCUGAAAAUAAGCCAAAGCAACCUUGCCAGUCCAUUUCUGGAGGAAACCAAGGUUUGCAUGCUGCUAGAUCAUGCAGAGAAAGUAUAACAUCAUUAUCUGCACAUCAAGGUAACAGAGGAGAUAAUGGAGCCAUUUUGUCAAAUCAAAUAGAAACUGAGGAUAGUUGUAUUUCUAGAGAAUACAAUCAUCAGGAAAGUGAAGAAGAUGGAUCUAUAUCAUUCAGCGGCGAUUGUGCAAAUUCAUGUUCUCAAUCUGUAGCUAGUGAUGUCAGCAGCACAUGUGUUGAGGAGGUGUCAGCUUUAGAGGUUAAUUCUGGGAGAAAUUCAUCAACUACUCUGGUGGGGGAAAGAAAUACUAGUGAUGUUCAAGAUGUCAAGAGGGUCGCAGUGGAUCUUGUAGGGGAUGAUGGCAAUAGGUCUGAUGAGUCUGAUCCAAAAUUAUCUGAGUCAUCUCUUGAGGUGGCACAGCAAAAGAAGAUAAGAAAAACCGAAAGCCAGUGUCUGUUGGAAUUAAGUAACAUACCCCUUUGGGGAUAUACAUGCAUGUGUGGCAGGAGACCGGAGAUGGAAGAUGCUGUUGUGGCUAUACCUCGAUUUUUGCAAGUUCCAACUCAAGUGCUGAAGGUUGAUAGAUUAUCAAAUGGAAUGAAUUAUAAUCUAAGCGACUUAACUGCUCAUUUCUAUGGUGUGUAUGACGGACAUGGAGGCUGUCAGGUUGCAAACUAUUGCCGUGAACGAAUGCAUUUGGCUUUGGCCGAGGAGAUAGAACUUGCAAAAGCAUGUGAGCUUGAUGGAAAUAUUGGGCAUGAUUGGCAGGAACGAUGGAAGAAAGCAUUCUCCAAUUGUUUUAUCAAAGUCGAUGCUGAGAUUGGUGGAGUUCACGGAGGCACUGAUGGGGAUAAGACUGAUCAUGAACCUAUUGCCCCUGAAACUGCUGGUUCUACUGCUGUUGUUGCAAUUAUUAGUUCAACCCAUAUAAUUGUUGCCAAUUGUGGCGAUUCAAGGGCAGUUCUCUACCAUGGAAAACUUCCCAUGCCAUUGUCUGUAGACCACAAACCUGAUAGAGAAGAUGAACAUGCAAGAAUAGAAGCUGCAGGAGGCAAGGUUAUACAAUGGAAAGGAUCCCGUGUUUUUGGUGUUCUUGCUAUGUCAAGGUCCAUUGGUGACAGAUACUUAAAACCAUGGAUUAUUCCAGAUCCAGAAGUGAUGUUUGUUCCUCGAGCAAAAGAAGAUGAGUGUCUUAUCUUAGCCAGUGAUGGCUUAUGGGAUGUUAUCACAAAUGAGGAAGCCUGCGAAGUUGCACGAAAGCAAAUCCUUCUUUGGCAUAAAAAACACGGUGACAAAUUGUCUGCAGAAAGGGGUGAGGAAGUUGAUCCUGCUGCUCAAGCUGCAGCAGAAUACCUCUCAAGGCUUGCUCUUAGUAAAGGAAGCAAAGACAAUAUCUCUGUCAUUGUGGUGGACCUAAAAGCUCAAAGAAAAUUUAAGAAGAAAACCUAACAGUGAGCUCUCUUGUAAUUUUUGACAUAUUGUUGUGUUUCUGUCAAAAAGAAUUCUUUUGUCAAAACGCUCGCAACAAAAUGCAUGAUUUACCCCAUUUUAACAUUUUCACCUGGGCUUAUUGUAAUGUUACAAUAUCUUUGUAUAGUAAAUCAUGCAAUAUACCAAUUACCUUCUAAAUUUUCCCAGCCACCAUUAAUAGCUCUGGUUUUGUAACUUUUAAGUGAACAAUGAAGAAUUGAGACAUUAUCGCCUCAACAUGCAAUGAGAGGAACCAAAGUAGAUUGCUCAGACAGAGGAAAAGCAAAGUAGUAAUUGUCACUGCCCAUAAUCUUGUCAAGAACUUCUCCAGGGGCCAAGUUGAUUGGCACAAUACCGUGUUGGUGUCUGUUUCGAUGGAUUGCCUAUCGGUCCCCGGCUAUGGAAUUGAGCUUAACCUUCUUAUCUCUAAGCAAAGGCAAAUAAUUAGUUACACCUAA